AUGGAGCUGUACCUCAGUGCCUGCUCCAAGACGGCCAACGUGGCGGCCAACAAGGCAGCCACCAGCAAAGUGGCUGAGGACAGUCAGCAAUGCGGAGAUGGGACACACAAAACCCCAAUUCCAGGGGUGGGAGCCGCUCAACUCCUGGAUCUUCCUCUUGGGGUCAAGCUGCCUAUGAUCCCAGGAACUGAUACUAUAUAUUUUACUACGAAUAUCAGUGAAAAGCUUUUUCGACCUUCCUAUGGUUUUAACCUGAGUGAUCCUUACUGUCGACUUUUGGAAACUCAAUAUAAAAGUCUCCAUGACCCACAUUUAAGAACAUAUUACAAGCGCAAAGACAUUCUAAGGAGACUAAAGAAAGGUGGCUACAUCACCAGCAAUAAUAAAAUUGUAUGUAGCUUGAGGGAGCUAAACAAAUACCGGCAAUACCUUACCAGCUUAAAAUUAGACUUUGAAAGAAACUAUUUAAGAGAACAGGAAUUGAUUUCAAAACAGCUACAUAAGCUGCAAGAAACCAGUCAACUUCCUACCUGUUCUGAGGUCUCACGGUUCCAGAACUGGUUGUUACAGGAGAAUACUCAGUCUAUUAAGGACCAAGAACGUCUGUUAAGGCAUAGAUAUUUAGAUAUGAUAAGUAAAGAAUUGGAUCAACUUGAGCGCACAACACAAGAGCAGCGCAUACUCCGCAUGGACAGAGAAGAGAGACGGCAGCGGGAAUACACACGAAAAAAACUUAGUCUUCGUAGAAAAAUUGAAGAGGAAUGGAAGACAAAGGAGAUGCUGCUCCUCUCGAAGAUUGGAGAAGACGUGAAGAGAGAACAGAGGGUAGAAGAACAAAGGCGGAAAAGCCGGGAAGAGAGCGACAGGAAGAAACAAGCAUUACUAGAGAAAAAAAUGGCUUAUCAUAUACAAAAAAUGCAGGAUACUGGCAUUAAAGAUGACAUGGGAAGAAAUGCAUUUGAAUAUAAAGGACAAAAUGGAACUACUUAUGAAUCUUCAACAAAGAAGAAAAAGAAGCAGUUUGAUGAUAUAAAAGUACUUUAUCCUGACACUGAGCUGAAACCAUGUAAAGGAACAUCAGGUGAAGCAGCAACUAUAGUUAAUCAGUCUCCAAGCAGUGCAAAGAACAUUACAAAAAUGUCAGCAUCCUCAGUCGCUUAUCAGACAGAAGUGUGCAACAGCGUUUCGGAACAGAAGAGAAAUGGAAUAACGAAAAAAAUAAGUGAGGAAAGAGUUCCUGCAAACAUAUCAACUAGAGAGUCAAUUUUUUCAGCUCAAAAUUCACCCACAAAGAAUAAUAGAAUUUCACGGUCAUCUUUAGGUCUUCAAAAAGAAGAGAAGGUGAUGCAAGAUGAUUGGAAUGGAAGACCAAGCAGGAAAUCAAGCUACGCUGUUGAACCAGGACCUCAGGGCGGUGCUCCACCGCAGGGUAUCUUUUCUUCUCCUGUUUACUCACAUAUGCAACAAAAUCUACAAAACUGCUUGCAAGAUAAAGUAACUUCUGAAGAACUAAAUAGCAUAAUUCAAAAUAUAAUGACUUGGGUUGUAGCUACAGUAACCAGUGUAUUGUAUCCGGCCAUCACGAAGUAUGAGGAAAGAGUGCAGAGCAAUAUGUACCCAGUGUCUGAUGACUCAGACCUCUCUUCAGAUAGUUCAAGCUUCUGUAGUACGUGUAGUGAGGGCUUUACCUUCAGAAGCUACACAGCUGACAUGUUUCCAGUAGAUCUGUGUGCAUUUGCCAGUGAUAUGCCAGCCAAGAAUCCACCCUCACCUGUGAAAACAUCCCCACCUCCUUCCUCUGCACAUGCAGAAAGCACAGGUACUGGCACAACAUUCCAAAGAAAAGGACAAUCUACAAGUUCAUCAGUUAAUUACAAAAAAUCCACGUCAGACUAUCCAAUUACAAGAGUAGGCAGCAGUAAAUCCGACAGUCAACUUUUAACAUCAUUGGAAACAAGCACUAAAAUAUCCAAAGAUGCUACCACAGAAACAGAGAGUUUAGAGAUUCCGUUGCAUUAUGAUAAAAAAGCAAAGGCCAUAGAAGAAAUGAAAAAUCUGAAGAAUGUCUUAGUAAACUUUAAAUGUCACUUGAAAGGAGAAACAAAACUUAUUUUAGAAAGUAUUUUUCAAGAACUAAUGUCUGACUUAAGCCAGGCCAUUCCUUCUCUCUCUUCUGUGACAGCUGAAGUUUUUGUUGACCAGUCUGAUGGAGAGAGAGAAGAGUUGCUGUCCAAUGUUGACAUAUGCUCAGUAGCUUCAGAGAUUGUGGAAAACAUGCUUGAGAAGCUAGAGUCUGCUGUUGAGAAAAAAUGUGUGCAGAUGUAUUCACAAGAAGAUUUAUCAGUGGACAUUAACCCAAGUAUAUCAGCUAGUGGUGAAUAUUUAUUAACCGUAGAAACAAAAACCUCUGAAGACACACUGUCUCAUACUUUGGAGCCAAUGUGUGAUAUUGCAGAUGAUAUGGUACAUUCCAUUUUAGAAAAACUCAAGACUCUUGCAUCUUAUAAGAAAAAUGAACUUCUUCCUGAAGAUACAACUAAACAUUUCCACCAAAAAAUUAAGACAGAGCCAACACACAAAGUCCAUCAAAAAACAGACCGAAAGAAAUCUAGUCCUGCAUCUGAUGCUGCUAAUCUCAUUGUCAAAGAAGAGAUACAAAACUUAAUAUCAAAUAUUUUUUCACAGUCCUCUCUAGUUGGUCAUGUAGAAGAAGCAAUCAGCACUAUACUAGGCUAUGUCCAAACUGAACUCAAUAAUGAGAGACUUUUCGCAUCUGAAGAAACAGUGGUACUUCUUCAGUUACUGGAUGAUGUCUUAACUCAGCUUCACCGGGAUCCAGUAAAAACUAGUGUUAAAAAACACAGACAACCCAGAGUACGAAGUCUUUCUAACCCUGAAGAAAAGUACAGACUUGCUGGCCCUAGAUCACUUAAUGGUCUUAGGACUAAAAGACCAUUCCCACCUGUUAAUGUCCCAGGCAUGGUUCUUUAUUCUGAGGACGAUGAUGAGGAAAUAGAUAACUUGGUGCAAAGCGUACUUGACUCAUCUUUCAGUGAUGAAAAAAUAAAACCACAAGAGCAUACUCCUCACCAUUGGCCUACAAAGAGGGAUACUUGUUUCAAAUCUAAAAGAAGUAAUAAACCAUCAACAAAACUUACUUCUCAGGGCAAAGUAGAAUGUCAGGACUGCGGGUUAAAGUUGGAGUUAUCUGUCAGCAGUGAUGACAUUCCCAAGACAAAGCACCAUCUGAGGACUGAUGCUUCAAUUUUCAGCCAAGACCAAAAGCACCAAAUACAAAAAGCUUCAGAAAACAUUGUAAAACAUAUUUUAAUAGAAAUGAUCAGUGAUAUGUCUUCCGUUUCAUCUAGUCCCUCAGGAAGCAAGCUUGAUGAAGAUGCUCCUCCUCAUCCUUUCAUCUCAGAAACUUCUGAAAGACUAGCCGAUCAAGAUUGGUUGGGAAAGAUGUUCUCUGGGUCAGAAAUUCAAGUGUUUGCACAAGAAAUAACAGAUUCUGUGAUAAAUAUACUUUAUAAGGCCUCAAAAUAUAUUCCUAAUACCAUUAAAAAUGCUUUUAAUCAAACUUGUCUAUAUCAUUCUGAUAUAUCCAAAGAUACAUCAAGUAAAACACCAUUCAAUGUAUGGUUUGACAGUGAAAAGAAAAUGAAAUAUUUAUCUUCUCUCAACAUAGAGCUCGAAAACAAUUCUCGGUUAAGGUCUGGAGAAUGUGAGUCUAAGCGUGUAAAUGAUAUCACUGAUAAGAUUAUCAAUACAAUUUUUAAAAGCCUAAAGUUAUUUAUUUGUCCUAAGUUGCAGACAAGCAACAAAUCUUCACUGGUAGGGAAAUCAUUACAUUCUCAACUUAGUACUUACACAAUGAAAAUAGUCAACAUUGUUUUGCAGGCUAUACAGAAUGAACUGGAAAUCAGCAAGAUAAACCCAAAUCCUAGGGAACCAAACCAUAGCAAGUGUCAUACAAGCAAAGGAUGGCCUACUGAUUCCAGCGAGGCAGUAGACUGCUAUGGCAUCGGUGUCAAGGAUAGUAUGGAAAGUCCGUUACUGACAUGUAUCUGUGAAAUGAUAUCAAGUACAAACAAAGAUCAAACAAAAUUUUCACCCUCUACAGAUAAGGCAAAACCUACAACUUUAUGUGGCUCUGAAGACACUAGGAAAAAGAGCAUUUUGUUAAAUAAACGAGAAAGCAGUUCUUUUCGCCAGUACUUGGCCACGCCUUGUGUCCACCACAGUGUUGCCAGUGAAAAGGACAUUAAGGAUAGCCCGAAACUGCAGGUAUUAGAUCGAAUUGGGGAAACGCUGCAUGAAAUGUUACGCAAACUCACAGGUGAGCACCCUGAUUCUCAGCCAUCCUGCAAUCAGGAAAACACAGAGAACUUACAUAAGGAUACUCCAGAGAGCUUACAUAAGGAUACUCCAACACUACCUAAUGUCCAGCUCCUUUCCAAAGGAAUUCUGGAAUAUGUACUUGCAAAAUUAUGUGAUGUUAAUAUAGAUAACAGCACUAAAAAUUCUGGAUUGAAAACUGCCUCAGAAUCACUUGAUAUCGACAAUCUAUCAUUUGCUUCAACUCUGGAGGAAAUGGCCAAGUGCACCAACAUGAUCUCUAAAAUAAUUUCCAAAAUUAUGGCCGAAAAUGAAGAAAAACAUGCAGCACCUUCCAAUAUAGAGAAAUCAAAAGAAAUGUGCCCAAGUAAACUAAAAACUGUUGCUGCAGAUAUUCUUAACAUGGUUUUUGCUAAACUGGAAAGAUUUGCCAGUGGAAAUGUAGAAAAUAUUGAUGUUCUCAACGAUGAAAAUAAAAAAGAGAAUACGGCAGGUUGGGAAUGUGAAAGCAACAGUUCUCUCACAGAGUCCCAUGAUAAAUCAUUGUUAUCUGCUCUGUACACUUAUUCUAAGAAGGUAUCAAAUGUUAUUUUGAAAGCCAUUCAAACGGAAUUAAAUAUGAACCCGUCAGAUUAUACAGAAGAUGUAAGAGGCUCACCACAGGAGACACAAAUGCUUACAAAAAUAGUCGACUUAAUUGUAGGAGCCGUAUCUUCUGAUAUGUUUGCUGAACCUGAAUGUGAGAACAAAGGCAUGGAAAAUCAUGGAUACCGACCAACUUAUGGAAAUUUCCUUCCUGGAGGAGCUGAAUCAGAGGCAUAUCUAGAUGAUGACACACAAAGUAAAGAACUCAUUAGAGAUAGAACAUCAUGCGGAGAAGAAAUGAGAAGCUUUUCUACUAACCAGUGGAUUCUGGAAAGAACCUUAAACAAAAUUGAAGUGAAACUCAAAGAACCACACAAAUCUCCAAUUGUUCCCAUUAUAAGAAAUAUUUUGAAUGAAAUCUUUCAAAGUGCUCUAAUCAACCAGUUAAAGUUGGUUUCCCUCUCUCAUUUUCGUGGCAUGGCCCACAAUGCUCCUGUGUCGACUUCUCAAACAUCUGCUCAUUCCACAGAUCAUCUAAUGGUCCCUUUAGUGUCAGACACAGAUGUAACUGUCGUGGUAAAUGACGUCGUUAGGACAGUGUUUCACAAGCUGUAUUCAGCCGCCAUGACAGGAAAGCAUGUAAGUGAAAGCAGAUGUGGAACAAUCAUCUUUUCAACCAAUGUUUCUUUUCGUGAGCCCACCUACGGAAGAAGCUCCCCUGUCAGUGCACUGAGUGGGCAUCCGUGUGACCUUCAGCCCAGCUGGAACGUUGACAGACAGACCAAAAUAAAUGUAGUAGAAGAUAUUGUGCAGGCAAUAUUAGAAAAUUUAGAAACUUUUGCUGCUUCCAAAGUAGAAUCACUUGUUUGUCCCCAAGUCGAUUUCAGAGUUCCAGUGACUUUGCCAGUAGAGCAGGAAGGAGGAACACUAAGCAAAGCUUUGUCAGGCAAAGAUUCAUAUUCUGAGGAGCAACUUCCCUGUUGUCCAGUAGAUCAUAGUAAUCCAGAAAGGAUGGACUCAUGGUGCCAACUGUCUUUGUCCAAAUUAAAUAUUUAUGCAAAAGAAGUGGCUAGGAAAAUUUUACAAGGCAUCAAACUUGAGUUAGAUAAAGAACAAUGCAGUCCUCUCUUGACAAGCAACAUUGUGGUUUCUGAGAAUAUUGCAAGUCAGAUUGUUAACACUGUGUUGGACAUUGUGUCAUGCAAGAGCAAGUGUGAGAGAAACAGCUCUGACAGAGAGAGCUGCUCAGAUGAGCAGGAUGGUAUUAUUGAAAGGCUAGUCAAUAGGACAGAAUAUGGAAAAAUACUCGAGUUUCAAAUUCAAGAUACCAUUGAAGGGAUCUUAUGUGAUAUUUAUGAAAACAUCGUGUGCAAGAAUAACCUCUCACCUGCCACGCCAACUCUGAAGUAUGGUAUACCUGGCAAACUCCCAAAAGCAAAAUUUGAACCAGUUAUUAUGGGUACAAAUAUUAUUCCUAAGGUGUCAGUACCUAAAGCAGAUGUAAUUUUGGUGUCCAAGGAUAUAGUGGACAUUGUGCUUUGUAAACUUACUUCUUUGGUCAUGCUUGCCAUAAAUGCAAAGGAUUCUGCUUCCACAAGAUUGGCCUUCUAUGAUAUGUUUCCAAAAUCACUGUGUCAACAGCCUCUUUCUAUAACACAAGGAACUGAGGGAAAACCAGAGAAUUUUUCAUAUGCAAAAAAUAAGAACUUAGCUUAUGCUGAUGUUUAUCAGAUGCCUGUAGAGGUAGAAAGAGACACCAAGGAGCCUGCUCCUGACCCAUGUGAGGAAAACGCCAACUUUAUUACCGAAACUAUUUUCAAUCGGUUACAAUCUUUUGCCACUGAAAGAAUGAAUUCAUUAAUGACUCUUGCCUUUCAGUCUAAAGAAAAUGUAUUUGCUAGCCCAGAAUUGGAACAUGGUGAACAAGAUGACAGCAGUUUUCAUGAAUUAGGCCAAGUUGAAUCUGAUGUGAAUGUCCUAAAAUUAUCAACAACCAAAGCUGUCCCUAGCCAAGAGCUUUCAGAACCCAUUUUUGCCAGCUGCAAAAAAAAUUUUGGAAGCACCAUCCAUUUAUCACAAACUAGCCUUAAGGAUUAUGCCGACUUCCUUGCCAGUGCUAUUUUGAAGCUUAUUAAAAAUGACUUAGACUUAGAGAUGCAAAGUAUGCACACAUAUUCAAACCACGUUUUAUUUCAAAAAAAUAUGAUUGUGAGUGAAAUUGUUACUAGUAUCUUAAAGAUUUUACACAAUAAAGAAUCUGUAAAGCAAUUUUUUUUAUCCUCACCAGGAAAUCCUAGAUGUUCCCAGUUAACCAUAUCAAAUGAGGUUUUGCUGGGAUACAAUGAGAAGGAAAAACCUGACACAUUACCACAGUGUACAAAUAACCUCUUAGAAGAAAACCAAAUCGCAUUGGAAAAUGAAAGCCAGAGAGUUGUUUUGGAAGAAAUAUUUAUGAGAAAAGCAGAAUCAAAAUCAAAAGAAAAAAACGAAAAACUCAGGGCCGUGGAAGAGAUUUUGAAGACCUUGAAUAAAAAAAUAAUGGAAAUGGUAGGCCACUUAGCCCCAUUUAAUAAAAUCCCCUAUGUUGUGUCUAAAUGUAGAAGUAAGACAUCAGCUAUAACACAGAAGAAAUUCUUUCAAUCGCAUAUUGACAAUGUAUCAAAUAAUAUAGUGGAAAAUAUUUUGGGAGAAAUGCACUCGGUGAUUGUGACAUCAUUGUACAAAAAUAAAAAAAGCAGGAGAGAAUUAGAAAUUCAGGACAACAGCUCAUCAGUAAGGCCGCAAUGCUUUAGAGAAACUAAGCCAACAAGAAAAAGAAGUGACCCCCUUAGACUCGGGAUACCACAGAUGUAUCCUCAUGCUGACAGCUUGAAUGCUCUUGUGCUGGAAAACACUCUCUUGCCAUAUUCAUCACUGCAAAUUGGAAGAUACUUAGUUCAAAUAGUUCUUGAUAAGUUAUCAAACUUUGUCUCCAUGCACCUAGAAGAGAGGUUUCCCCCUGAUGGUAGUUAUGAUGACUUAUACCUUCUUAGGCUACAAAAUUCUAGACUUAGCCCAAAGAACAGCCCUAGGCCAGGAUGUAAAACAAGUUUAAAAGCGAGGUCAAAAAUCACCUCUCUCUCUAAAUCUAAAACAAAGCCACAUCUCGGCAUUAGUGGUGGUAAGUCUAAAAGCAAGACCAAAUUAGCUGCUGGAGAGAAGACUCCCAAAGAGAACCGAUCUAAAACUGCCACUGGGCUGCCACAAACUCCACCUGCAGAGGACGCCAAAACCAUACUGAAAACAAAACUCCCCGUCUCAGAAUUAAGAAUUUAUGCGAAGGAUAUAAUAACUGGUAUCUUAGAAAUAAUUAUGAAAGACCUUGAAAGAGCUGCACAGAGCAGAGCCAGCGUGACUCCGAAAGCCUUACCAUCUGAGCAGAUCCUUGAAGCGAGUGAAAUUGUUCAUUCGGUGUUGCAGGAGCUGCACACUGCAAACGACCAUGACUUGGCUUCUCCAGUUAACCUCUCACAUCUGGAUGACCUUCCCCUACCAAAGCAGAAUCUGGGUGCAGGUUCACCUGCGGAGAAACAGGCAUGUUUUUACUUAGAGAAUGUUUCUUCACAACUAGAACAAAUUUUUCCUAAAGAAGGUAUAUUUCAAAAAAUGUUUGACAAAUGGCAAACAGAAACAAGUGAAACAGAAAAUGAAAAGUCUAAACUUUUAACCAUAGCUGAAAACAUUUUGACUGAAAUUUCAAUUAAAGCAAAAGAUUUAGAGUACUCACUUUCACUUUUAAAUUUGCCACCUCUUGAAGACUAUGAAAACAGACUCUAUGACCGUUUUAAAGGCAGCUCUACAAGAGCUGCAGACACAAAAGCACAAAUCAAUAUGUUUGGACGGGAAAUUGUAGAGAUGCUAUUUGAAAAAUUACAGCUCUGCUUCCUGUCUCAGAUACCGACUCAAGACAGUAAGCGAACUUUAACCAGUGGGAAAGAACUCGCUGCUGUGAAAGGUAAGUAUGGUGUCCCAGGCAGGCGCCUCCUCAGCAACGCAAAGACCUGCAACAUGAGGACGAAAGGCCAAGUGACAAUGAGCCCAGGCAACCACAUUGUACCAGAGAUUGUACAAAGAGUCUUAAACAUGUUGGAGUCAUUUGUGGACCUGAAGUUUAAGCAUAUCUCUAAAUAUGAGUUUUCUGAAAUUGUGAAAAUGCCUAUAGACAAUCUUUUUCAAGUGCAACAGAGACAAUUAAGCAAAAAGAUGUUGCCGAAGUUACAACCAUUUCGAGCCUUUGGUGAUGAAUCAAAGUCAAGUACAAAUGUAUCCAAGGAUAAUAUACAAAAUACACUCCUACAGGUUCAUUUAUUCCAUUCAGAAUUACUUACAUAUUCGGUCACUACUGUCAGUGACAUGCUUAGUUUAAUCAAGAAUAAGUUAGACAAGGAAAUAAGCCAAAUGGAACCAUCUCCAGCCAGCAUACUGAGCGAGAAUAUCGCUGCAAGUGAGAUUAUUGGUACACUGAUAGACCAAUGUAGUCAUUUCAGUGAAUCUUUGAUCACAAACCUUGCAAGCGACAAUUGGUUCAAAGGAACUGAGAAUGUUUACAUUGUUAAUCAGGUUGAAUUUACACCUGAUGUGAAAAUAUCUACAUCAACAAUAAGGGACACCAACGGAAGGAGUAAAACUGCACAAAGCCACGCAUCUGGUGAGGCGCCUAACUCAGAGAAUGGCAUGAAUGAAAAGUGCAGCACUACCCACAGCAGUGCUGAUGUAGAAAACGCAGUUCAGAGCCUGGAGCCAAUGGGAAGGCCCAGGUCAAAAGCUGUGCCAUCCUGCUCCAGAAGCAAGUCACAGGACCACAGCCACAGGACACUAAACCCUGGACAUUUUGAGGAAUCCUCAAGAGGUAACAGCUUUCUCCCUGAAGGCAGCAUGCUACAAAAAUUGUUUAAAAGGGCAAGCGAUUCCACAGAGGAGUCACUGAAACAAGUCAUGUCGUUUAUAGAAAUGGGGAAAGGUGCAAACCCGAGGGUUUUUCAUUAUGAGGCCACCAACCCAGCUGAGCCAGAUGAGAUCCAGACAAAUGCUUCUCCGCUUAGGAUAUGCUUAGCUGCGGAAAAUAUAGUGAACACCGUACUGUCCAGCUAUGGCUUUCCCCAAGAGCCACACCCUGAUGAAAGUGUGGAGACCAUGAAGCCAUUCUUCAUGUCAAAGCAGAAUUCUCUGUCUGAAGUAUAUGAAGGACAAAUGAAUGAAGACAAAAAUUUGCUCACAACGUGGUGUGAACGAAUGACAUGGGUACAUGAUGGAGAACAUAGAGAUCUUGAACCCUGUCAAGAGAAUUUUCCUUUAUUACGCAAAUGGAAAAAAAAUAAACCCCCCAAAGCAACAGCAGAGACUUUGGAGGAAACUGACACCAUUGUUUUUGCUGAUCACGAACUGGGUCCGAAUGAAAUGCAUUUGGUGGCAAGACAUGUUGCUACGUCUGUGAUCACACAUUUGAAGAACUUCAGAGCUGAAGUUUCAACAGAGGAAAAGUUGUCUCAUGUAUCUUCAUCCUCAAAGAGAGAAAAUGCCGCAACAGAGACUCUAAAAAGCAUAUACAGUAAUUCUUUAAUUUAUCAGUUUUGUGAGCAUCUCUCAGAAUCAGUUAUCUGGUACCUAAUUUCAAAUAUUUGUGAUGGCACCAAAGAAGGUAGCAAAGAGAAACCAUGGGAAGUCCAAGAUGCAAUAGGUUACAAAAAUAUCUCAAUUCAUUCUCAAGUACAUGAGAGCAGGUCUAUUUCCAUUAGAGAACUUGCCUUAAGUAUAUUCGAAGUUAUUAUUGAAAUUCUUUCUAAUGGCAACAUGAUAAUUGCUGACAAGGCCCACCAGGCUUCCAUAAAAGCAAAGUAUAUGUUCUGUCCAGGAGUGAUACCUUGUGACUUUGAUGAUAUCUUUCAAGAUCUCUUAAAAGGGGUGAUUUUUGUGUUGUCCAAAGUACUAAGAAUGAAUCAUUUUGAAAAUAAUGUAAGAAACAAGUCAUAUUCCACAUUUAGAAAUAAUGUGCCCAUUUUCAACAAAGUCAAUACCAUGGGAAGUCAGAUAGGCCCCAGAGACUGGGACCCAUCUCACCGAACUGAUCAUCUUUCUCAGAGAAAUAAAUUAAAUUGCCUCUCAUCUAGGUUGAACAGCCUGGUUGGUAGCCUAAAAUCUCAUGAAUCCAAAGAAGUCGUCAAUGAAGUCUUUAAUAUUGUUUUAGAUUUGUUUUUACCAGAUGAAUCUCCAGAUGAUGAGUUAAGUCCCAGUAAACUAGCAAGAACAUUUUUCUCCUCAAAUAAUCAACAAAGUAAUGGAAUCAUUACAAAUAGUCUAGGGCUCUCCCCUAAAUCAAUUUUCCUUCUCAAUAUUGUGUGUGAGAAGCUUAUUAGAACACUUCUAGAAAAGUGCACAAGCCCUGCAUUUUUUGAGGAUAGUUCACUUUUUCGUGAAGUAGCAGAAGAAUGUCAACAUUUGAAAGUACUUCAGAAUGUUCAAGGUGGAGGUUUUGAUCAUCCUAAGGCACCAACGGACUAUGAACAAUUUCAAGGAGAUUGCAAGUCAGACUUUUUGGAAAAUCUGGCAGACAUGGAUCAAGAUUUAUUAUCCUCAGACUGUAUACUUAAUUUUAUUUCCCACAGCUUGGUUAAGUCUCUGAUGGAUAAGCUAUCUCAUGGCUUUCAACAAACUCCUUUUGAAAACAAAUACAUGAACUACAGAACAAGCGAAAUAGAGCCUUUUUUCCCAAAAGCAAAAGGGCAAGAAUUAAUAGGAACAGAACCAACUAAAGCUGAUGUAGAGUUUGUGAGCUAUGACAAUAAUUUUCUUGCCAGGUCCUUUAAUAAUUUAAAUACAACUAGCUUUAAAAGUCAAACACCAUUUGGCAAACAAUGUGCCGUAAAGCCUUUGUCUUUGUCAUGUCCUGACAGACAGGAAGCACGGAGAAUGAACUCAGUAUCCUUUCAUAAUCUAUAUCAAAGAGGUAUAAGUGGUGGUGUGUAUUCAGCCACAUUUCUGGAGGAGAUAAUCUUAGAAUUAUUUUUUAAUCUGUCUACAUCAUUGUGGAGGAAAAACGUAAACAUCACUGAAGCCUGGCUCAAUGAGAUAAAUACCUUACUAAUCACCAAAAUAGUGAAAGAGUUAAAUAAUGCUCAAGUUGCCGUUCUAAGGUAUCCUGAAGAACGCUUAUAUUUUCCAUCAGCCCAUAAAAAAUGUGUUACUAAGAUCGUUGAGUCUGUUUAUUACAAUGUUUCAGAGCAAUAUGAAUUUAUAGUAACCUGUAGUAGUAAUCUGCCGUUUGAUAAUCUUUCAGUAGCUGAACAAAUAUCUAAUGGCAUGUUGUUAGAGAUUGUAGAUUAUCAGCUUCCAUCUUGCUUCAAGGGAAUGCUCAAGUCAAAUUUAUACCACACUCUCAAUGCAGACAUCAUACUCUAUAAGCUUCAAAACAAUCUAAGAAAAUGUAUUUCUGAACCCAUGUCUCCCAAAGGUUACAGUACCAUGUUUCCACAAUCAUUUUUAGAGUAUGUCAUCAAAAGACUUUUAGCUCAGCUUAUUCCCCUGCCUGCUGAGCCUUCAUCUUUAGAAAAAAAGUAUUUGAUGAGUUCUGAUUUUAAUGAAAUGUCCAACUGCAUAACAAAUAAGGUUAUGUCAGCCAUUUCAAAACAUAAAAUCUGUUUCACUAUCUGUGAUAAUCAAUAUCUGCAUACAGAUAAAAACCUCCAAAAGAUGGUAGAUUCUGUUUACAGUAAUAUUUUACAAAUGUCUGAUUCUCUUGAUUUAAUACAGAAAAAUAUAAUCAGCCGAAGCCCAAUUAUGAUUGACCAAAUAGCCAGUUUCAUUAUUCAAGAGAUUAUUGAUAACCAUCUUCAGCCAUUUUUGUGUGGAGAGAGUUUGUCUCGCCCCAGAACUCCACUGGAUGAGGUGUCUUACAUGGUCAAGGAAGUUCUCAGUGAAGCUGUAGAGUCUCACAGACCUCAGAGGCCAUCAUUCUUUAGCGUCUACCCUGAGCAGUUUGUAGGGGAAAUCGUUACCAGAGUUUUAUCAAAGAUUUUUAGUCCUAAGCCUAGUACUAAUGUGGAGAUGGAAAAUAUGACCCAAAAAAUAGUAAACUCAGUGAACAAUCACUUAGACAAAGCUAAGAUUCCUGUUAUAUGUGAUAAGCAGUUGUCCUUUCCCUUUGGUGAUGAGGAUAUUGUGGACGAACUUGUCACCUCAGUCUAUAGGAAUGUUCUGAGGCAGCAUGGGCUCGAUCCUGACAUUGAUGAGUCUGAAAAUGGUGAUGCUUUUGUGGAAAACAUUUCCAAGUUAAUCAUGGCAGCUAUAUCAGACUACCUUCUUCACCCCUUGUUUUCUGGUGAUUUGUCAUCUGCUUCCUGUUACAAUUUAAUGACUGAUAGUAUUGUUUAUAAUGUUCUUGGUAACACUAAUAAAUCUAUGAAACCAAACCAGGCAUUGCCUCCAUAUAAUACAUUACUACCAUAUACAUUUUUAGAAGAUAUGAUCAGAGUACUAUUAUCUAAAAUUUUCCCUUCAUUGCCUACAAAGGCUUCAAACAUGGAAGCUCCAAAGGACAAAGAAGGUGUAAAUUUUAAUGAAAUUGCUUCCAAUCUGAUCAGUGAUAUUAGGAGAAAAAUUUCCCAACAUGAAAUUAAAGUUUCAAAGGAUGAAGAAAAAACCAAGUUUUUUUACUCGGAAGACAAUGUCCAGCAUCUCGUUGACUCUGUUCUCAAGAAUAUUUUAGAAAACGCCGGUUCUCAAGAAUCAGUGGAACAAAAUAUCACGAAGAGUAAUGAUGUUUUCAUCGAUAAAAUAGCAGGCUUCAUUAUUAAAUAUAUCUGUGAACAGCAUCUUCAGCCAUUUGUGGAAAAAAAGCAAGUGUCUACUUCAUCAUACAAAUGCUUUGAUGAUAAUGGAGAGCAAGAGCACGUAUUUUAUGCUAGUGCUUAUCCUUCAACCUUUUUGGAAGAUGUGGUCUCUGGAGUAGUGAGCAAAAUAUUUCACAGGGUGGUUGGCAUUGUACAAGUGCAGUCAACAAGAAAUGCAGAAAAUGUUUUGUUUGAUAAAGCUGAAAACCUCAUAUACUGGAUAACAGAGGAAUUUUCAAAAGCCCACGUUACCACUAUAGAGAAUGCUGAGGAGCUGUGUUUUUCCCCAGUAGAAAAAGAUGUGCUCAUGAACAUUAUCGACACUGUGUACAGCAAGGUUUUAGAAGAAUAUGAAAUGGAAACCAUGCCUAAUAAAGAUUUUCUGCAUGACACAAAGGCAUUGGCUGCUCAGAUAACCAAAAUCAUUCUGACUGAAAUUCUUGAUUUCCAAAUUCCACCAGAUCUUGCAACAAAUCUGCCUUUAAGCUUUCAUUCCAAACUUAGUCAAAAUGUUUUGGUAAACAGAGUUCAUCAUGACAUUAGUAAGUCAAGAUUUCGAAGACAGGCUUCAACAAUAUAUACUAGCAUGCUCUCUCAUGUUCAUUUAGAGAAGAUUGUCACUCAGCUUAUGUCUCAAAUAAGUCCAUCGCAUUCCACCAUGGAACUUUCUGACUCUUCUCAAUCAGACCUAAGUAACACAGUCAUAAAACUGAUAAAUGAAAUCAUGUCAAUAAUUUCAAAACAUGCAAUAUGUAUUGUAAAACAUGGAAAUGAAAAACAGAGUAUGAUUUCAGAAAAGGAAAUUCAGACAAUGGUUGAUUCCAUUUAUGCUGAUCUUUCCUGUUCAGAUCUAUACCAAUCUCUCUCAAAAGAUAAAAAAGGUCUAAGUAGCAUACCUGUUUCAAAAAUAGCAAGUUGUAUAAUAAAGGAGAUCUUCAAUCAUCAUCUAGAGUCAUUCUUAUCAGGAGAUAAAAGUAUUCUUUCAGCUCCAGUUGCUCAAACCUGCCAGCCGAAAGCAACAAACUCUAGCCAAAGAGAAUUGUCGUUCAUUGUGAACUCAGCUGUCUUUUUGGAGGAAGUAAUUACUGAGCUUGUCUGCAAAAUUCUUCAGACAUUCAUACAGAACUGCUUUGCUGAUGAAACCCCAGAGAGAGCAAUCGCCAAAGUAAUGGACAUUGUUACAACAUUAGUAAAAUCAAUUGUUUUAGAGUUCACCACAUCUGAGAUUUUAGUUGCAGAACAUUUGGAUGAGAGUCUAUGGUUUUCAGAGACAUAUAAAGAAAUGGUUCAAAAAACAGUCAAUUCCGUUUAUGCAAAUCUGUUAGAUGAAUAUAAAUCUCUGACUCAGCUACACAGGGCCGUACAACAGGGCACUUCUUGUCUUGGGGGGAAAAUAUACCAUUUCCUAUUGGAAGAAAUUUAUGAUUAUCAGGUGCAGUCAUUAGUUUCAGGAGAAUUAAUGCCUUCUUCUUACUCUUCCCCUGAAGCUGCAAACAUCAUCAAAAAUGUGCUCAGUGUCAUCUUGAAGGACACCAAUGCUUUGCCAUCAUGCAUCACAGUGCUCCCUUGCUCUCUGAUAGAAAAUAUGAUUUACAAGCUUUUAGGAAGCAUCUUCCCUCCAGAUGACACUGACAAUGAACUAAAGGAGAAAGAGGUUAUGCCAGAUGAGGAGGAUGAGUUCCUGGCUGCAGCCUCAAAGCUGAGCAAUGAUAUCAUAAAAGAAAUUUAUGAAUAUGAGAUCAGAUUUGCCAUAGCAGAGGAGGAUGAAGCCAGCCCACAGGAAGAAACUUCUGAGAAUUUUGUUGACUCUGUAUGUAAUAAUAUUUUGAAAAAAACUGAAUUCCAAGCAGAAGUACAGAAAGGUGCACACAAAAAGGGAAGAUCGUUCCUCAGUAAAGUAGCUGGCUUCGUUAUUAAGGAAAUGAUGGAUCACCGAUUGCGACCAUUUUUGUAUGGUGAAGACUCACCUCCUAAAAACAUACCUGAGUAUGGCGAUGCUUCUGUUGUUGCGAAGCCCGGGAAGGAAAAGGCACAACCCUCUUUGUUUUCAGCUGCAUUUUUAGAAGACGUAAUUGUUGACCUUGCUCACAAGUUUUGUUCUUUUGCAACUCCUACUGAAGAUUCCAGGAAAAAGGACAAGUCAGAGGCAGAAAUUGUAAGCUUAGCUAUCAACUUUGCAAAUUCUCUGGUACGGGAAUUCAGGAAAAGUGAAAUUAAAGUUUUACCACACGCUGAAGAAAUAUUUUCUUUCCCACCAGUUGGGAAGGAGACAGUUGAUAAGAUAUCAAAUAUUGUGUAUGAUCAGUUUGUAGGGAAAUUUGGGUCUGAUGGUCUUCAGAAAGGUGACACUGGAAACAUUGCUAUAGAAAUGGUUUCUUCUUUGGCCCAGAAGGCUAUCUCUUCAUUCAAGAUUCAGCCACUAUUUUCAGGAGCCUGGUGUUCAACUUUCUUUUCAUUUCUAGACCCAGAAAAUAUCACCCAAAGGGUUCAGCUCCUACCAGAGAAGACAUCCAUGCAGAUUAAAAAAACCUUAAACCAGACACAGCUUGCUCUAUCUAAAGAUACAUCAGUGAAAAAAGAUGAUACUCAAGGUCCAAUACUUAGCUCUAUUGCUAACAUUAUGAAAAGCAAUGUUAUCAACUUCAUAUCAGGAUCAACUGCAGAUGUCACAGACACAAAGAAAGAUGAUGAAAAAAAACUGAAGUCUGUCACUCAUAAAGAUGAAAAUAGCUCAAAAGUUCUGUCGUCAAAAACCAGUAUGAAAAGUAAAGGUACUCAGGAACAGCAUUUGAGUGACAAACGUAAAAGUGAUGAAACUCAGAAAGAGAACUUAGUUGUAAUGAAAGAGCAGGGGAAGGUUCUUGAAAUAUACACCCAUUUUGCAGUUGCUGAUGAGAAUAGUCCUGAGAAGGGGGCACGUAGAUGUGAUUUUGAAACAGUCAAUAAAAAGAAAAUUGACAGAAAAUCCAGUAAAGGUUCAGUGAAAACAGAUGACAAUCCCAAGAGUAAGAGUAAGAUUAAAGAGACCAAGGGAGAGAAAACUAUAAAAAUAGCCCAGGUGCCAAUCAAGGAAGAGUGUGAACAGACUGUAGCUGAAAUAUAUGUCCCUGGAGAACAGAACUCAGAAACUGAACGUGUUGAAAACGUCAUUGAAAAUAUUUAUGACAAUGUUUUAAUGCUAUCACAAGAGGCAUUGGAUUUUCCCAAGCCAACAUACAACAGAAGCCUUGUAAGUGAUAAACCACUGGCUGUACUUCAAGAUCCUGCACAGCCUGUUCCAACAAAGGAUUUGUCCCCAUCAGUUAACAAAGACUCCACUGCCAAAAAGAGAGAAAGCAAAAAAUCAGAAACUAAAAGAAAAGCAGAGAAGAGUGAGAUAAAAGGAGAGAAAAACAUUAAAUUUCAGCCUCGUAUGCCAGAGCAUCCUCCAUCCUCACUGGAGAGUAAACCUGGGAUUGUUCCGGCUAAAUUUCUAGAAGAUGUGAUCAUUGAAAUGGUGAGCAAACUUGUAUUUGCAUUUCCACCAGAAACACAAAAGUGUGAUAAAGCUACAAAUGUAAAGGAUGAUCAGAAUCAAGAUGAACUUUUUGACAUAGCUAUGAGACUCAUCGAUUCAAUGUUGAAGGAAUUUUCAGAUGCAGAACUUAAAGUAUUUAGGCCAGAAGAGGAAAAAGAGAUAGCCCCACAAGCGGUCAAAGAAUCAGGUCAGACGGUACCUCCUGGGUUCCAAGAGGCAGCUUCAGAAGUACCACCGUGCAGCAUGAAUACUGAAAGUGGGGAUAAAGCACCACACAUGCAUCCAACAUCUGAACAAUCCUCCCUUGAUGAGGCGCCUUCCAUUAGUAGAAUGUCAUCAAUUGAAAAAGCAGUAGUGAAUAAAAUUGUUCACUCUUGUGUUUGUAAUGUUUUAAAGGAAUGUAAAUCUCAAGAGUCUAUUUGCAAGAACAUCAACAAUAAUGGGGAAAAUCUAGCAAAAAGAUUAACUGGCACAGUGAUAAAUGAAAUUUUUCAGCAUCAGCUCAACCUACUAUUUUCUGAUGAGACACCAGCUUCAGCAUGCAUGCCUCUGGGAUCAAAGGAUGUUGAGGAAAAGGCCCAAAAGGUGGUGCAGACGGUCAGUAAAGAAUGCCAGACCUCAUCUCCGUACACCAUAAAGUUGCCUUUCAAGUUUCUAGAUGAUGUGAUUUCUGCUCUCUUAGCAAAAGUCUUUUCACAACUAUACAACAUCAAAACUAGAAUACCUCAAGAAAAUCUGUUGACACAACUUGAAUUCCUUCAAAUGAAGUUAGUAAGUACAGUUGCAGAUGAGAUUUCCAAAAAUGAAGAUUUGGAUAUACAGUAUGUAGAAUCCUUGCAUCCAAAUGAUGAUGAAGUCAUUCAAUUGGUGGUUCAGACAAUUUAUAAUAAUCUUCUGCCACAGUUUGGAUCCGAGGAAAUCUUACAAAAUUGUAUCGUCAGUGGAUGCAAGCUCCUCUCACAAACCAUAGUUGACUUAGUUCUACGAGAAGUGGCUGGCAACCAGUUACAGAACUAUUUUGGUGGCGAGUUGACUCCAUAUCAGUGUGCAGAAGUGGACAGUGUUGUUGAAAACAUCCUCACCAAUGUUGCCUUAACUACUCCAGCACAGGCGUCGCGCCCUCAUAAACUGUCGUGUAACGUAAUAGAAGCAAUUGCUGUAAGAUUCUUAUCCAAGCUUUUGUCUGUGUUUCCAAAAGUGCAAACAGAAAUAACUAAUUCUGAAGAAACAGAUAUGCAAAACAUAGCUUCAAAAAUAGUAAAUUCAAUCCAACAAUUUAUCUCCAAAAGUAAGAUCAAAGUUGUGCAGCCUGCCAAGGAAUCGGACACUGCGCCUUUGGCUGACGAUGCGGCUAUUGAAAAGGUAGUUAAUUCAGUUUAUGCCAAUCUUUUAAAACACUCUGGCUCUCCUACCUCUGUAUUUGAAGAUUUAAUGGGUAAGAGUGAUGUCCUCUCUGACAUAAUAGGACUCUCAAUGGUGAAGGAGAUUUCCAAUUCUGAAUUUCAACCUCAAGGAGAGGAAGAACUUCCAACCUCAGAAUUGGCUCUAGAAGCUGUCAAAAUUAUGGAAAAAGUGGUGAACAUUAUCAACGAACUUAAGUCCCAGGAAAAAUCUGCAUCUGUAAAGGAUUUAAUAUUAGACUCUAAAGUUUUAGAAGAAGCGUUGGCCUUGUUCUUGGCUAAACUAGUAAGGAAGCCUGGUGUGGCCAGCAAAGACACAGACGGUUUAACAAAGCCCGAGCUGAAUACGAUCGCAUCUCAGCUGACAAAGUCUGUAUCCGCUGAAAUCUCCAAAAGUAACAUUAGUCUUGUGGAUUCAAAUCCUGAAGAACAAUCAUUAGAUCCGGAAAAUAUUGAAAUGAUUUCUCAGAUUAUUGAGUCUGUUUAUAGUAAUGUAAUAAUGCAAUCUGAAUCCAAUAAGGAACUCUAUGAUACGAAAGGUACAAAGAAGGUUUUCCCUAAAAAAGUGGCUAGCUUAAUUGUCGAUGGAGUUUCAAGCGCUGCCUUAAGUAGAGUUAGCACAAAGAGCUCUUACUCUGCUCUUGGAGAUCUAGACACAGACAGGAUCAUCGAAAAGGCACAAAAGCAUGCGGCACAAAUGAGCUCUGACUCUGACAAAGAGUUCGAAGAUAUAUUAGGAGACCAACUUCCGGUUAGAAUAAUUCCACACGUCAGGAAUAAACCACUGAGAAUAGAUCCAAACAUCAUCUCAGAACACUUGGCCGUCAUUUCCAUGAAAACCCAGCCUCUGGAGACACUUAAGAUGGACUGCAUAAGGAGAACUGGACGCAGCAUCGCGGAGCUGAGAAGAGCAUCCAUAAGCGGAAAAGGCCCCUCUUCCCAGGAUGUGUCAGAAUUAGGAACCAGACAUAAAGAAAGGCGCAUCUCACUGGACAAGACAGGCCGGCUUGAUGUGAAACCUUUGGAGGCUGUUGGCAGAAAUUCAUUUCAAAAUGUAAGAAGGCCUGAUAUCACCAGAGUAGAACUUUUGAAGGAUAUUAGUAGCAAAAAAGAUCUGAUUAUUCGGUUAGUAGCUCAUGAUAUUAGUCAAAAAGAUUCAGAAAGUAGCUUCAGAGAGGGCAUCGUUUCUGAUGAGGAUGAGAUUGUUUUGGGAGAGGUUGUUGGACACCAGUGUUUAAAAGAAAUUUUUGAAGACCAAGUUCAAGAAGUGAAACCCGUAGAAAUCCAAGCUGUUUCUCCCGAGACGAGCACAAGCAGCCUGAGAAAGUUCUUAUCACUAAGCAAAUGCUGUCAUCCCACAUCUGGUGAAAAUAUUGAAAUCAUUGAAACAACUGGAAAUCAGACAGCACCCAGUGAGACACAGGCUGAAAGAGCUGCUCCUGAGCUCCGUGUGUCCUCUCCCAAAAGCCUGGCAGAAGCAUCAUCUUAUAGGGACAAGACACAAUAUAAGAAAGAAGAAAUCCAUGGUACUGAACCAACACAUUACUUCAUACACAGAAUUAUGAGUUCAUCAUCAUACAACCAAGACGACCUUCUUUCUGGUGAAGCAGAAGAAUGUGUACCAGAUCCAAAGGCUAAUGCAUUAGAAGAAAGUUCUCAGGAACUACACACAAGUGACUCAAACACUGUUCAGUUUGUCACCAUCUUUGAAGGAUCAAAAAGUGUGGCCAGCUGUUCACGUCCCUCAAAGGAAUAUGUUUCAGAAAUGGCCAAGAACAUUAUUUCCAAGCAAGGCUCUAAAGUGCUAGCAAAGGUAUCUUCAACUCUGUCAAAGGUGUUCUCCCGCUCCAGUGGCAGUAUUCCAAAAUCAUCCUCACCACCUCACCAGGAAAAACGCGGAGGCUUCUCCACCUGA